CAUCGAUAGUUUGCCACCACUAGAAGAUAACAAAGCAUAUUUGGAUAAAAGGAAUUGUUUUGAGAUUAUUUGUGAAUAAAAAAUUUAACAAAUAAGAGAAAAAUAUGUUAAAUAUAUAAAAUGUAACACGCGUACCAAAGUCAUCAAAUAUUCCAUUAUUGAGGAAACAGUGUAUUCAGAACAAAAACAGGAAAUAACGAUAAGAAGAAAAAUAUUAAAAGGCGCUCAAAGGAAAUAUAUAUCACCUCCUGCUUUGAAGAAAAUGUUUUUUUAGAGAAAGAUUUGUCUCUAUUUUUUUAUCGACUAACUUAUCUUUAGUCUAUAGUAGACCUUUUCCCCAUCGAGGACAAUAUACGCCCAAAAUAGUUCUAGGUCGCCUUGAUUCUUUGACCGCGGAAAUCUGCAGAUUCCAGAUAUGAAUAAUUACCGUCACCAUGGAGGCGGCGGCGGUUAUAGUGGUAUAGAAAUACGCAACAUGCAUCCAAGAAUAUCACAGAACUUUACUUAUGUUAGCUCGUGUGUUAAAUAUCUGAUAUUUAUGCUAAAUUUCAUUUUUUGGCUAUCGGGUGGCCUGCUGCUUGGAAUUGGCCUUUAUGCUUUUAUGGACAAGUGGGAAUCCACGGGAUGGGUGCGCCUAGAAACUUUCUACGAUGUAAUACUCAAUAUCUCAUUGGUAAUGAUGCUUACCGGAGUACUUAUAUCUAUGGUCAGCUUUGCUGGUUGCUUGGGUGCACUACGUGAAAAUACUUGCCUGCUUAAAUUUUACACUAUGUGUUUACUAAUGUUCUUUCUACUAGAAUUGGCUAUUGCCAUUAUGGGAUUUGUGUUUCCACAUAAUAUGAAUUCCUUCCUCGAAGAUAAAUUUACUGAUAAAAUUAUACAUUCGUAUCGAGAUGACCCAGAUUUGCAAAAUCUUAUCGAUUUUGCCCAACUCGAGUUUAAAUGUUGUGGACUGAGCAAUUCUGGAUAUCAAGACUGGAGCAAGAAUGAAUAUUUCAACUGCUCGUCACCAUCGGUGGAACGCUGCGGCGUCCCGUACAGUUGUUGUAUCAACGCAACUGAUAUAAGUUCGGGAUUGGUCAACAUUAUGUGUGGUUACGGAGUUCAAGAGCAUUCGGUAGCAGCGGCCAGCAAACGUAUUUGGGCAAGCGGGUGCAUUGAAAUUGUGCGUGUUUGGGCAGAACGUAAUCUGUACACCAUAGCUGGCAUUGCACUGGGCGUUGCAUUAAUACAACUAUUCAUUAUAUAUUUAGCUAAAACUCUGGAAGGGCAAAUUGAUUUGCAAAAAUCUAGAUGGGCUGCGUGAGUUUUUUAUUUAAGCAAAAGUUGAAUGGUGCGUUGCCGACAUAUUUGUAAUGGUACAUAUGAAUGUCCCAUAUGCAUAUAUAGUAUAUUAUUCGUGCUUUCUUAUUAGUCUUUUUUUUUAUACGUUUUUGUGCUCAAUAUUUUUAAAUCAGAUUGAAAUUCAUGUGUAUAAGCUGUAUAUCUUGCUGUUUGCGUUCAAAAAUCAUUCGACAAUAUCGAAUUUAAAAUGCAUUUAUUAUACAUAGGUACGAGUGGUUAUUUUUAGCAACAUACUCUGACAAGCUAUAUUAAAUUAUAAUUACAUAUAGCAUUCAGUAUAUACUACUGCACUAUUCAUACUCAUACCUGAACAGAAGAAACGAGGAUGUGCCCAACCUAUGCCCGGCAUACGAAUAGUCGCCACCUGACUCACGGCAACUCUUCGCAUGCCUCCCAGAACCCUACCCAGCUAACCCCUCCCUAUGGACAGAUCCCGUUGAAGUCUGGCACUUCCUGGGCCUCCUCUUAGCUGAAACAGACGACAACGUUGAUGAAUGAGCCGACGCGAGCGGGGCUUAGUAGCAACAACAAAAACUACAUUUUUCACUCAAAAAAUUGCACAGAUUAUUAGAAGCCACUAAUCUUGAAAUCGUUUAGCUUAUGAUACAAGCAUUAUAUGCAUUUCAACAAAUUGUUCUCAAACUUUACAGUUUUAUAAAUAAAAAAUUUUGCAAUUUCUACUCGAGUUUCUAAAAUUAAUGCACUCACACAAAAUUGAUCUUCCAAUUAUUAAAUCAAAUGAAAGUGCGUACAUAUAAUAAAUGCAUAACAGAUGCAGUACCAUUUGGAUAUUUUUCCCCGUUUUAUUUUUUAAUAUUUAGGCUGAAGUCCUAAAUGUAAAAAUGCAAAACAUCAGUCUCUUUUAUUUCUAAACCUUAGCCAAAUGUGCGCAACCGCGGCUAGAUGCUAGUUUUCAACUAGGUUUCAACUUUUCUUCUAGUGCGGUUUGGAAAUACAAAAAAAAAAUACUGUUGCUUUGUAUUCUUACAUUUGUGACUUCACCCUUACUGCUAAAUAUGCAUGCAAUAUUAAUUUUAAGUAUUUCUGGUUGCUAAAACAAUAACUGCAAACUGAAAAGCAGAGAACGAAACAUUGCCAUUUGAAAAAUCUGGACUUUAAACGUAUUUAUUUACUUAGGUUUUAUCAAUUAAAGACCAAAUUUUUAAACAAUUUAGUAAAUUUAAAAUAAAUCAAAAUAUUUUAAAAAGAAUCUCAUGUUUAGCUUCAACAACUCUAAAAAUAAGAAAUUGUAUUUAUCCAUUUGAGGAAGCGAAUGUCUUAACAGCUCAACAUCACAGGCUUCCAAAAUUUAUUUUACAAAAUGCUUUAUGAAAUUAAACAUGUAUUAUUAUACUAUGUAAAUUUUUUACUGUCUGUUCUCUCAAAAUAUCGUCGAAUGACAAUGAUUCAAUAAUAGAUUGGUCAAUAGCGAUUAUAAGCUCAACAAAUUACCACAACCAGGAAUCUGACGCCGAUUUUAUG